AUGUCUGGACGCGGGAAGCAGGGAGGCAAAGCUCGGGCUAAGGCCAAGUCUCGCUCUUCGCGGGCCGGCCUGCAGUUCCCGGUCGGCCGCGUACACCGCCUGCUUCGGAAAGGCAACUACGCCGAGAGAGUCGGUGCCGGGGCUCCGGUUUACAUGGCUGCCGUGCUCGAAUAUCUGACCGCCGAGAUCCUGGAGUUGGCGGGCAACGCGGCCAGAGACAACAAGAAGACUCGCAUCAUCCCUCGUCACCUGCAGCUCGCCAUUCGAAAUGACGAGGAGCUGAACAAACUCCUGGGCAAAGUGACCAUCGCGCAGGGCGGAGUCUUGCCAAACAUCCAGGCUGUGUUGUUGCCCAAGAAGACCGAAAGCCACAAGGCGAAAAACAAGUAA